AUGCGACCACGGAUGUACUACGACGACGCUGCCUGGGAAAAAAGUGAGGAGGUCGCCGAUGCCUGGGUACGCCAAUUCCUCGAGCCCGAAAUCUUGAGGCCGGUCGGGGGCUUUCUGGUCCGCCACCACAGUCCCGAUGACCCCGAGGAGUUUACUAUUCUAGAGAAGGGUGUCUUCAACAUUUCUCUGCGGAUGGAGUACGAAAACGGCAGCUCUGCCGUGAUCCGAUUUCCCCAAUCUGGCGCUGCUAUGUUUCCGGAAGAAAAGGUUCGCAACGAGGUCGCUAUUAUGCGGUAUCUCCAGGAUCGAACUACGAUCAGAGUUCCUUUCGUUAUCCACUGGGGCGCGAAAUCGGAGAGUCCUUUGCAUCUGAGCCCAUUUGUGAUUAUGGAAUAUAUUGCCCACCACACGACCAUGUACGAUGCUCUCAACACGCCCGACUGUCCGACAGCAGUGCGUGGAGUCCUCGACCCCAAUAUUAGCGAGAUUAGGCUGGAAACCCUUUACGGAGAACUCGCAAGUGUUCUUCUUCAACUCUCUGUGCUUUCCAUGCCUCACAUAGGGUGUUUGGAUCAGAAAGAUGACUUCACAUGGGAAGUCACGCUGCGACCUCUGUCGAUGCCAAUGAAUGAACUCAUCAGAUUGGGAUCUCUGCCUCGAUCGAAAUUACCGUGCACAACAUUCGACACGGCAUCCUCCUACUUUGAGGCCCUUGCACAGCUACAUAUUUCCCAUCUGGUCAACCAAAGAAACGAUGCCGUGGAUUCGGCCGAUGACUGUCGACGCAAGUUCGUUGCUAGGAGCAUGUUCCUAAAACUCGCCCAAUCUCACAGGCUCACGGGCAAAUGGACGUGUUUUGAGAAUGGCCCAUUCAAGAUCUGGUGUGAUGAUUUCCGACCGGCAAAUGUCCUUCUGGAUGAGGACUUGAGAAUCGCAGGUGUUGUCGACUGGGAAUUUACGUACGCUGCCCCGGUUGAAUUUUCCUACGCACCGCCCUGGUGGCUUCUGAUCGAAAAGCCCGAAUACUGGCCGAAAGGGCUGGGUGACUGGUGUAUUGAGUAUGAACGGCGACUUCAAACCUUUCUCGGCGCGCUGAUGUGUCGGGAAGAUGAUGCGAUCAAGCAGGGUCGGAUGGAGGAGAAUCAGCGGCUUUCUGGUCCAAUGCGCCACAGUUGGGAGAGUGGGGACUUUUGGAUUGCAUACGCGGCGCGAAACAAUUUUGCAUUUGAUGCGAUCUACUGGGAAAAGAUCGAUCAGCGAUUCUUCGGAACGACUGAUUGCGAUAUCGACGAAAUAUGGAGACAGAGACUUGAGCUCCUGAGUGAUCUAGAACAACGUGAAAUGGAGGAUCUUGUCGAUCGAAAAACCAGAGAGAUGGAAACCAGAGCCCUGGCGUGGGACCCGGACGAGUAUACAUUGAGCCGCAUGAACAUCGCGGAGACGGGCAAGUAG